GUGCUGCUCCUGCUAACAGAAGCUAACCGGACCAAAGGUCUGACCCGGGCUAAGAGACAGGAUGGGGGAGCACUACCUCGAGCUGUGCGAACAUCCGGUGCAGUUUGAAAACGCGUCCAGCGUCAACAACGUCUUCUUCGACGAGGCUAACAAACAGGUGUUCGCGGUGCGUUCAGGCGGAGCCACUGGUGUGGUCGUCAAAGGUCCAGAUGACAAGAGCAGCGUGGCCUUCAGGAUGGACGACAAAGGAGAAGUGAAGUGCAUCAAGUUUUCUAUUGGAAAUAAAAUCUUGGCCGUACAGAGAACGUCAAAAUCUGUGGAUUUCAUCAACUUCAUCCCGGACUAUCCACACACAGAGUUCACCCAGGAGUGUAAGACGAAGAACGCCAGCGUGUUGGGUUUCUGUUGGACCAACUGGAACGAGAUCGUCUACAUCACCGACCAAGGAAUCGAGUUCUACCAGGUGUUUCCAGACAAGCGCAGCCUGAAGCUGCUGAAGAGUCAGAGCAUCAAUGUGAACUGGUACCAGUACUGUCCCGAGACGUCUGUCCUCCUGCUGUCCACCACCGUGCAGGGGAACGUCCUGCAGCCCUUCGCCUUCCGGAACGGGACCAUGUGCAAAAUGUCCAAGUUCGAGAUCGAGCUGCCGGUCGUCCCCAAGCCUGCCAAACUCAGCCUGUCGGAGAGAGACAUCGCCAUGGCAACCAUUUAUGGUCAGCUGCAUGUGAUGUAUCUGAAGCAUCACUCGAGAACAGCCAACAGCCCGAGUGCAGAGGUGGUGCUGUACCACUUACCAAGGGAGGGGGCGUGUAAGAAGACUCACGUGUUGAAGCUGAACACGACGGGGAAGUUUGCUCUGAACAUCGUGGACAACCUGGUGGUCGUUCAUCAUCAGAGCUCUCAGACGUCUCUGAUCUUCGACAUCAAGCUGAAGGAACCUGAAUGUGCUGUGAACACGCACCAGCCCGUCCUGCCUGCUCGCUCCAUCCACCCGUACAGGAUCCCUCUGUCAGGUCCUGCUGUGGUCCCGUCCCAGGCUCCAGUCCCCUGUCAGCUCUACUCCUCCUCCUGGAGCGUCUUCCAGCCUGACAUCAUCAUCAGUGCCAGUGAAGGUUACCUGUGGUACCUGCAGGUGAAGCUGCCUCCGACUGUCAACCUGCUGCAGGACAAAGGGAAGCUGAUGGACUUCCUGUUGCGGCGCAGAGACUGCAAGAUGGUCAUCCUGUCCGUCUGCUCGCAGAUCCUGGACGCCGCGGAGAAGGGGAGUCUCCCUGUGGUGGCCACUGUGUUCGACAAACUCAACCAGGUGUACAAAGAAUAUCUGGAGGCGGAGCAGAGCUACACCGUGGCGAUGGAGUCCGGCCCGAGUCGAGGCAGCGCCGCUCAGAAACGUCCCGUCAGGACUCAGGCCGUCAUCGACCAAUCAGACAUGUACACACACGUCCUGUCAGCGUUCACUGAGAGGAAGGGUGUGUCUCAUAAGUUCAUCAUCGCCGUGCUGAUGGAAUACAUCCGCUCUCUGAACCAGUUCCAGAUCACAGUUCAGCAUUACUUGUACGAGCUGGUGAUUAAAACUCUGGUGCAGCACAACCUCUUCUACAUGCUGCACCAGUUCCUCCAGUAUCACGUCCUCAGCGACUCCAAACCACUGGCCUGUCUGCUCCUGUCUCUGGAGAGCACGUACCCUCCUGCUCACCAGCUGUCCCUGGACAUGUUGAAGCGUCUGUCCACGGCCAACGAUGAGAUCGUGGAGGUGCUGCUGUCCAAGCAGCAGGUCCUGGGAGCGCUCCGGUUCAUCCGCAGCGUCGGGGGACACGACAACGUGUCCUCCAGGAAGUUCCUGGACGCAGCGAGACAGACCGGAGACCAGAUGUUGUUCUACACCGUGUUCAGGUCGUUCCAGCAGAGAAACCAACGUCUGAGAGGAAGUCCUGGAUUCAACCCUGGAGAACACUGUGAGGAGCAUGUGGUCCACUUCCAGCAGCUGUUCGGGGACCAGGCUCUGAUGAAGGCCUCCACCAUGUAAACCACCGGGACCAAGACCUGAACAUCACGUGUCCCUCAGUGUCAACGUGGACCUGACGAGUCACAUGAUCAGCUCUGAUGUCACGUGUCAUCACAUGAUGUGGGCGGGACCUGAAAAGUAUGAUUUCUGUACAUAGGAACUGAAUGAGUUCCACAAAUCAUAUUUAUUUUGCGAUAAAGAAUGAAUGAUGUCACUAACCGUCAAAGUGUUUCAUUAACAAUCUGCAUUAAAACCUUUCUAUUGUUCAUGAUGAGGAGAUAUUUACUGUGUAUAAAUUAAACUUGUGUGCAGCGAAUAAAAUAUCAAAGUGUUUA